AUGGCUACCGGAAACUCUGGAAAAAUCACCGAUUGGGUGAACCCCAAUGACAAGUCGGGCGAGUUCAAGCGUCAGCAAUCUGCCUUCCGCAGCUUCAUCUCGCGUGAGGCCGGCGCGCAGUUCCCGCCAGAGAAGGGCCGUUACCAUCUCUAUGUCUCAUAUGCCUGUCCUUGGGCUCACCGGACUUUAAUUACCCGUAAGCUGAAGGGUCUUGAGGAUUUCAUUUCCUUUUCGUCUGUGCACUGGCACAUGGGUGAAAAGGGAUGGCGCUUUGCUACUCCGGACGAAGAUAUUCCCGGUGAAAAUACCAUCCCCGAUCCAUUGCACCCAGAGUAUACCCAUAUUCGCGAGGUCUACUUCUCCAACGACCCAGACUACGCAGGACGGUUCACAGUCCCCGUCCUUUUCGACAAAAAGACCAAGCAAAUCGUCAGCAAUGAGAGCGCUGAAAUCAUCCGCAUGCUUUACUACGAAUUUGAUGAUCUCCUCCCAGAGACCUACAAAAAGCUAGAUCUCUACCCAACAAAUCUACGCGAAAAGAUCGAUUCAAGCAACGAAUGGAUCUACAAUGACGUCAACAACGGCGUCUACAAAUCCGGAUUCGCAACCACCCAAGAAGCUUAUGAGAAAGCCGUCACGACCCUCUUCAGCUCCCUAGACAAGGUCGAGUCCCACCUCGCCUCGCAGGCAUCCGUCUCGCCAUUCUUCUUCGGGGACACCGUUACCGAAGCUGAUAUCCGGCUGUUUACUACUAUCAUCCGAUUUGAUCCUGUGUAUGUGCAGCACUUUAAGUGUAAUUUUCGGGAUAUUCGUUCUGGAUACCCGGCUAUUCAUCGCUGGGUGAGAGGUCUGUAUUGGGAUUUGCCGGCUUUCCGGGAUACAACGAAUUUCGAGCAUAUUAAGAAGCAUUAUACGAAGAGUCAUAAGCAGAUCAAUCAGUUUGCUAUUACGCCUGUUGGACCCGUGCCGGAUGUUUUGCCUAAGGAUGAAGAGGUCAAUGCUGUGAAGGGGGCUUAG